UCAAGUCGUCUGCUCCAACAGGUCAAAGGUUACAGGUCAAAGCGCAUGCCAGGUAGAGUUGUCCAUCAUGGCGGAAGAAAGUCCACAAAAACAAAGUCCUCCCGAGAAAAGUGAAGAAAUGUUGCCGGUGCUCGAGCAGACGUGCGCCGACUACUCGCUUUAUCUCGAUGUGGACACAGACAAAGAGAGGAAGAUGAUAGAAGACAGUAUAGAGGAGAUGCUGACCCAUCUAGAUGAAUUCUGCGGAGUGAUAGACAUGGUUCGAUCAGAAUCCAACCUUGCUCUAAACAAAACCCUCCCGGAGUUGUAUGAGAGGUCGCUGGAAAUCAGGAAAACGUACGAGAGGAUCGACCAACUAGAGGCUUUUGUGAAUGUAGUGAGGAGGAAUGUGAACAUGAUGGAAGAGCUGGUGAACCAGGCAGAGAGAGACUACAGCUCCCUCAACUCCAUCAAGUCACUCUUCACCAACAUCAAGAUGCCCAUCUUUGCACCAAAGAAGCCUGUAGCUCCUAAACCUGAGCAACGGAAGAAAUUUGUGCCCCCGGAGAUCUUCAAGACAGACGACUUCUUCCCACCAAAGGAAGACUCUAACCCUAACACAUCCACUGAAGAGAGGUGACGAAACAGAUGGUCAAGUCACUUCGGCUCCAGACUCUUCAGAUCAUUCAAUUUCUAAGCAAUAUUGUCUCUGUAACUUUGGCAUCUUUGCUAGAUUAAGCUAGAUUUUAAAGCAUAAUACAAUAUGUAUCUAUUAUUCCUAUUAUUCUUAGGAAUUCAUGUAUCCAGUGCUAAAUCCAUUUCAAUUCACUUCUUCGCUGCAUGUCAGUUUUCAAUGCACUUAAGGCCAUACCAAUUUAACUUGUUGGUUCUCGGAUUUUUAAAAAAUAAAAAAGAUAUGCUCAAC